AAACUUCACGCUCCAGUCAGUGAGGUCAGUGUGUAUAUUCAGAGCCAACACUGAGUGUGUGAAGUUGUUACUGAAGAAGAGAUGAAGACCCUGCACUUGGCUCUGAUUCUGCUCGUGCUGUCCGGUGUUCUCACUCAGGACAGAGAAUUUGGUGUGAAAUAUCCUGAUAAACCGAUCUGUGCUGUGAGAGGAUUCAGUGUCUCCAUUCCCUGUAGUUAUUCUUAUCCACAAAAUCAUCAGGUGGAACAAAAGCUUUGGUGCUCGAUGAACUCAAACACAGAUUUGUGUCUAAACCCACCGUAUGUUUAUAACAGCUCAUCAAACACCAAGUCAGACUUUGAGUUCACUGGAGACGACAAAUCAGACUGCACUUUGUUAAUCCACAAUGUACAGUUCAGUUAUUCUGGAGAGUACAGAUUCAGAUUUAUAACUAAUGUGGACAGAUUCACAGGUAAACCUGGAGUGACUCUACAAGUUACAGAUUUAAAGGUGUCACUAAUCAGGCUCAGUGGAAACGGAACCCUUAAACAAGGAGACUCGUUAAAUCUGAGGUGUGAUGUGAACUGUACACACACUUCCUCACAGUUUGUGUGGUCUAAGAACAACCAGCCCUUAAAUACAUCAGGACCUGUUCUUCACUUUCCUGCUGUAACCGUGAGGGAUUCUGGGAAAUACACCUGCACUUGGGAAACCAACGUCACAUCAGGAUCUGAAACCAUCAGCCUUCACGUCGAGGAUGAAAUGAUUUAUGGAGAAACGUAUAAUUCAUGGCCCUUCUGGAUGGUUGUCAUGGUGACAGCUGGACUGAUUUUGGUUGUUGUGAUUUACAGCAGGAGACACGUCCACACUGAGCAGCUGAAGGAGGACGAUUCAGACAUCUACACCACAGUACAGUACAAUACAUUCACCAUGAACUGAUCUCACUUUCACACCUCACUUACUUCAUUCCACAGUUGAUAAUAUUCCUAUAACAGCACGUCCCACAAGUGUGUUAUUCCUCUUACACCACACUGAUGUCUUAAUUAUUCUCUAUUAAAGAUGGACUCGAUAUUGAAGAUGACGGAAAACGUAAAAUUUUAUAUUUUAAUUGUAAACAGGUUUAAAGCUCUGAUCCUGGAGACUCCUUAGAUAAAUGUUACUAAACGUUUCCUUACAAAAACCUUCACAAUGUCAACAAUUAUUUUUAGUCUGUUUAUGUGGAGCAUCCAGUCCCUGUGAAUGAGCUGUUACUAUAGAAACGAUACCGUAUCAGAAGGAGUGCAUUAAUCUGAAUAUAAAGCUGUGAUGUGAAGCUGCACUAGUGUCAGAGCUGCUGUUAUAGAAAAUUAAUCAACACCUUCUGACCAAUCAGGAU